AUGAGUAAUAAACUAGUGAGUGAUUGGGAGCAAACACCUUCACCAUACAACACAAUCAACAAAUCAUCAAAAUCCUCACGUUCUGCUCCACGUCAGCGUUCAUCUGGCUCUGCUAAUAACGAAUGGCAUAAUGAUCAGGAUCAUGGCGAAGAAAAAACAACAAAAAAUCGUCAAAAGAAAUCUGGAUCAUCUCAUUGGUAUUCGUGCUGGUUUCGCGGUUUUUUACUUGGCUCUCUAUUAGCUGGUUUAGCAUUGGCUAUUGUAAUCUCACUUUGGUUAACAAUGAAAACAACAGCAACCACCAGUUCAUCAACGACAGGUAUCAACAGAACUAAAAUAUUACUUAUUGCUCUACUACGACUGUCACUUCAGCGACAAUUGCUACGUCCACUACCACUACAACUACCACGGCAACUACUUCAACAACGUCUACAACGACCACUACCACUGCAACCACAUCGACAACUUCGACAACAACUACUACCGCAACUACAUCAACAACUACCUCAACAACUUCCACAACCAGGACUACUACUGCUACCACAUCGACAACUUCGACAACUACUACUACAACCACACCGACAACAUCCACGACAAGUACUACAGCAACUACCACCAGAACCACGUCGACAACUUCUACAACGACUACCACUGCCAUUCCGAUGUCCAAAUUGGUUAUGGGAUGCAAAUGGUCAAACUGUAGCUGGAGUUACUGGUGUAUCAGGCAGUACAGCAGAUAAAUUAAAUGCGCCAUGGAACAUUUAUGUUGAUACAACGAAUAAUCUUUAUAUUGCCGACGCGCAAAAUCAUCGUAUUCAGAAAUGGGCACAGGGAGCAACAACUGGUACGACUAUUGCCGGUAGUUCUGGUACAUCUGGUUCAUCAUCAACGCUCCUCAAUAUACCGAAAGAUGUCUUUGUUGAUUCAUCGGAAAAUAUUUAUGUUGCUGAUUCUGGCAAUCACCGAAUACAGUUUUUUGCCAGUGGUAAUACAACAGGAUUGACAGUUUCAACAAAUUGGACUUCUGCUGGCUCCAUGUGGGGAGUUCAAGUCGUCAAUAACUCAAUUUAUGCUUGUGAUCGUGAUAGCAAUAUUGUUUGGAACAAUGGUACAGCAGUAGCAAGCAAUCAAUGGUCGAACAAUGCUGGAUUUCCACUUAAACUACCACAAGGCUUUGCAGUUGAUGCGUCAAUCGCUGUAGGUACUGUUUAUAUCACGAAUUCCGAUAGGCACACAGUUGUAAAAUGGCCAGUGGGUGCUGUAUCAGGAACCACUGUGGCUGGCGUUGAUGGCAAUAGUGGCAACACUUCAACAUUACUCAAAUUUCCAUCUUCACUUAAACUUGAUAAUUAUACCAACAUGUUCGUUGUAGACAACAACAAUCAUCGUAUUCAACUCUUCUGUCAAUAUCCAACAGUUAAUACAACUGGACGUACUAUUGCUGGCACAGGCUCAAUGGGACAGACUAAUACUACGCUCAACUAUCCAGCAGGAGUUGCUUUAGAUGCCUCACGGAACUUGUAUGUUGCAGACACUUCUAAUCACCGCGUACAAAAAUUUCAAUAUCUUCUUUAA